UGUGGGAAAAUGUUUAUUAAUGACUCAAAACUUAUUAUACACCAGAGAAUUCAUACUGGUGAGAAACCUUUUAAAUGUCAUGAUUGUGGGAAGGCCUUUAUUUGGAGUUCCCACCUCCUUCAACACCAGAGAAUUCAUACUGAUGAGAAGCCAUUUCAAUGUCAUGAUUGUGGGAAGGCCUUUAAUCAGAAUUCCCACCUCCUUCAACCCCAGAGAAUUCAUACUGGUGAGAAGCCAUUUCAAUGUCAUGAUUGUGGGAAGGCCUUUAAUCAGAAUUCCAACCUCUCUGUUCACCAAAGAAUUCAUACUAGUGAGAGGCCAUUUCAAUGUAAUGAUUGUGGUAAGGCCUUUAAUCGGAGUUCCCACCUCCUUCAACACCAGAGAAUUCAUACUGGUGAGAAGCCAUUUAAAUGUGAUGAUUGUGGGAAGGCCUUUAAUCAGAGUUCCCACCUCCUUCAACACCAGAGAAUUCAUACUGGUGAGAAGCCAUUUCAAUGUCAUGGUACUGGGAAGGCCUUUAAUCAGAAUUCCAACAUCUCUAUUCACCAAAGAAUUCAUAAUAUUGAGAGGCUAUUUAAAUGUAAUGAUUGUGGGAAAGCCUUUAAACAGAGUUCCCACCUCCUUCAACACCAAAGAAUUCAUACUGGUGAGAAGCCAUUUCAAUGUCAUGAUUGUGGGAAGGCCUUUAAUCAGAAUUCCAACCUCUUUGUUCACCAAAGAAUACAUACUGGUGAGAAGCCAUUUCAAUGUCAUGAUUGUGGGAAGGCCUUUAAUCAGAAAUCCCACCUCCUUCGGCACCAGAGAAUUCAUACUGGCGAGAAGCCUUUUAAAUGUAAUGAUUGUGAGAAGGCCUUUAAUCGGAGUUCCCACCUCCUUCAACACCAGAGAAUUCAUACUGGUGAGAAGCCUUUUAAAUGUAAUGAUUGUGAGAAGGCCUUUAAUCGGAGUUCCCACCUCCUUCAACACCAGAGAAUUCAUACUGGUGAGAAGCCAUUUAAAUGUGAUGAUUGUGAGAAGGCCUUUAAUCGGAGUUCCCACCUCCUUCAACACCAGAGAAUUCAUACUGGUGAGAAGCCAUUUAAAUGUGAUGAUUGUGAGAAGGCUUUUAAUCGGAGUUCCCACCUCCUUCAACACCAGAGAAUUCAUACUGGUGUGAAGCCUUUUAAAUGUAAUGAUUGUGAGAAGGCCUUUAAUCAGAGUUCCCACCUCCUUCAACACCAGAGAAUUCAUACUGGUGAGAAGCCUUUUAAAUGUGAUGAUUGUGAGAAGGCCUUUAAUCAGAGAUCCAACCUCCUUCAACACCACAGAAUUCAUACUGGUGAGAAGCCAUUUAAAUGUGAUGAUUGUGGGAAGGCCUUUAAUCAGAAUUCCCACCUCCUUCAGCACCAGAGUAUUCAUACUGGUGAGAAGCCAUUUCUAUGUCAUGAUUGUGGGAAGGCCUUUAAUGGGAGUUCUACCCUCCUUAAACACCAGAGAAUUCAUACUGGUGAGAAGCCAUUUCAAUGUCAUGAUUGUGGGAAAGCCUUUAAUCAGAGUUCCAACCUCCUUCAACACCAAAGAAUUCAUACUGGUGAGAAGCCAUUUAAAUGUAAUGAUUGUGGGAAGGCCUUUAAUCGGAGUUCAAAUUUAAUUGUCCAUCAGAGGAUUCAUACUGGUGAGAAGCCUUUUAAAUGUAAUGAUUGUGGGAAAUUCUUCAGUCAUAGGUCAAAACUUAUUAUACACCAGAGAAUUCAUACUGGUGAGAAACCUUUUAAAUGUCAUGAUUGUGGCAAGGCCUUUAUUCGGAGUUCCCACCUCCUUCAACACCAGAGAAUUCAUACUGAUGAGAAGCCAUUUAAAUGUGAUGAAUGUGGGAAGGCCUUUAAUCAGAAUUCCAACCUCCUUCAACACUCGAGAAUUCAUACUGGUGAGAAGCCAUUUAAAUGUGAUGAUUGUGGGAAGGCCUUUAAUAGGAAUUCCAACCUCCUUCAACACCAGAGAAUUCAUACUGGUGAGAAGCCAUUUCAAUGUAAUGAUUGUGGGAGGACCUUUAAUCAGAAUUCCAACCUCUCUGUUCACCAAAGAAUUCAUACUAGUGAGAGGCCAUUUCAAUGUAAUGAUUGUGGGAAGGCCUUUAAUCGGAGUUCCCACCUCCUUCAACACCAGAGAAUUCAUACUGGUGAGAAGCCAUUUCAAUGUCAUGAUUGUGGGAAGGCCUUUAGUCAGAGUUCCCACCUCCUUCAACACCAGAGAAUUCAUACUGGUGAGAAGCCAUUUCAAUGUCAUGAUUGUGGGAAGGCCUUUAAUCAGAAUUCCAACCUCUCUGUUCACCAAAGAAUUCAUACUGGUGAGAAGCCAUUUCAAUGUCAUGAUUGUGGGAAAGCCUUUAAACAGAUUUCCCACCUCUUUCAUCACCAGAGAAUUCAUACUGGUGAGAAGCCUUUUAAAUGUAAUGAUUGUGAGAAGGCCUUUAAUCGGAGUUCCAACCUCCUUAAACACCAGAGAAUUCAUACUGGUGAGAAGCCAUUUAAAUGUGAUGAUUGUGGGAAGGCCUUUAUUCGGAGUUCCACCCUCCUUCAGCACCAGAGAAUUCAUACUGGUGAGAAGCCAUUUAAAUGUGAUGAUUGUGGGAAGGCCUUUAUUCGGAGUUCCACCCUCCUUCAGCACCAGAGAAUUCAUACUGGUGAGAAGCCAUUUAAAUGUAAUGAUUGUGGGAAGGCCUUUAAUCAGAAUUCCCACCUCCUUCAUCACCAGAGAAUUCAUACUGGUGAGAAGCCAUUUCAAUGUCAUGAUUGUGGGAAGGCCUUUAAUCGGAAUUCCCACCUCCUUCAGCACCAUAGAAUUCAUACUGGUGAGAAGCCAUUUCAUUGUCAUGAUUGUGGGAAGGCCUUUAAUCAGAGUUCCCACCUCCUUCAACACCAGAGAAUUCAUACUGGUGAGAAGCCAUUUCAAUGUCAUGAUUGUGGGAAGGCCUUUAAUCAGAGUUCCCACCUCCUUCAACAUCAGAGAAUUCAUACUGGUGGGAAGGACAGGGGCCAGGAGUAUAGCCUGGACUCCAACAUCCUGCUGCUAAUGGCCCUAAGAAUUCCUACCAGCAUGCAGGAAGACCAUAUGGAUAAACUUCAACAGAGACAACUCUGCUUUAAAUACAACAUAGCCAGUUCCUUUGACACUGGAGUAUUGACAGCACAGGCCAGCCCUCAUUACUGCAGGAGUCUCCCAGGGUCUGGGGAUCCCCCGGGCCUAGGCACCAGGGGUGGUGCAGCUUCCCAGCUCUGCCACCUGUCCAGCUGCAAGCCUUUGAAGCUCAAAUCCUCCCAGCCUAAGCAAUUCUCGGCCUUUUGGAAGGAAAGGCCUGUCCAUGUGGUGGCAGGUUCUCCCAGCCACAAGCCUCGGUUUCUGCUGGUCACCCCAACUGUCACAUCCCAACUGGGAGCACUUAUUACUCUGAAUCAAACAAGUGCUCCCAGUAAGGAGGUGCCAGCCCAGGUCAUCCUCACCUUCUGCUACUUCACCUUUGAGGCCAAAGUGGCAAAACACUGGACUAACCCUCAGACACACCUACCUGACAAACUCAAAUUGGGAGUGAAUUGGGCUGUUUCAAGUGCUGUAUUGAUAGACUUGUUACUGUUCUCAGCCCUGAACCCCUUGGACUUUGGUCCUCGGGAUUUUCUCCGCAAGGAACUUCACCACUCUGGGCCACAGAACUGCAGGUCUAAACCUCUACUGCUGCUCUUGCUAUGGGCGUGUGGCAGCCCCUGCAAGGGUCCAGAACACCAGAUCACUCCAUCAGAACUUGGGUCCUCAGCUGAGACCAAGCUGAAAACUUCUGUGCAUGUACCAAUUGGUGGAGGUCACUGGCCCCCUUUGAUUAGUUCUGCUACACUGGAUGACAGCUGUGGGGCUGGGCUAGAAGCAGAGUCUGUGGAGGCCUCCUAG